GGCUGGAAGCAUAUAAAGCAAAGGGUGCUUAUCUGGGGAAAGAAAACACUAUUUGAGUUGUCAGGGUUCUGGUUCAGGUUAGGGUUAGACAUCCACGUACUGUCGGUCCAUCAGGCUGUUGGAAUUACAGCAGCAGAACCCUUGAAGGAGGGAUCACAAUGGGAGCAAUGUGGGAUGAAUGGGGAUAAAUGCUAAAUCUGGGUACUGGAAAGGAUAAAGAGAGGGCACAGCAAAGGCCAGAGGUUUCAUCUUUGUGGAAGGCCUAUAUUCAGAGCAGAGAGGAAGUUGAAGCCCACUCAAACAGGCAGAUAAAGAGAGAUCAAAGAGAUGAGCGUGAGAUACAGUCCCCUCGUGCCCAAGGAGACAGGGUGGUUACAGACAUGGAAAAGCUGAGAAUAAUCACCUCUGAUAAAGAUCACAGAAGCUGCCCGGGAGGUGUUUGGUAAGCUCGGAGUUACGUUUGUGGGGUGGAUGGGCAGAAGUCAGAUUUCAUAGCACUGAGGAUGCAGCACAAGGAGAAGUUCAAGAUCAAUUCCUAAGACAACAACUUGGCACUAAAAAACAUAAACUAUGUUCUGAAGGCUUUACCCUGGGGACAAGGGAACGGAGGUGAUAACAGCAGAAGUGGCAGCCACUGGCUAUCCUUUCUUUCCAUGGUUUGGCUUCUACUCCAAAGCCACUUAUUUGUGCAUUCUACAAAAAGUUUCUUGUCCUUUUUGAAAUAAAGCUCUUAUCCUAAGCUCCAUUCACACCUGCGUGAUAAUGAACCAGCUAGUACUUACUGUACUCAGGAAGCAUGCAAAGUUCUGAAUCUUAGAACAGAAAGUGAAAGCAAAAAUAAAUUCCCCUUCAGUCAAAUCUGCAGCAGCAUGAUUUAAGAUUAAAUUCAUGUAUUGAAAAUAUUGUUCAGACCCCAUGUGACAUAACUGGAGCCAGUGCAGUGCCAUGAAGAACUACGAGAUUAGCCUGGAUAUUAACUUGUCUUCUAGAGAAUAGAUUUCAUGUUCCAUUCUUCUGCAAUGGUUAAUUCACACAGAAAACCAAUGUUUAACAUUCACAGAGGAUUUUACUGCUUAGCAGCCAUCUUGCCCCAAAUAUGCAUUUGUUCUCAGUUCUCAGUGCCAUCUAGUUAUCACUUCACUGAGGAUCCUGGGGCUUUCCCAGUAGCCACCAAUGGGGAACGAUUUCCUUGGCAGGAGCUAAGGCUCCCCAGUGUAGUCAUUCCCCUCCAUUAUGACCUCUUUGUCCACCCCAAUCUCACCUCUCUGGACUUUGUUGCAUCUGAGAAGAUCGAAGUCUUGGUCAGCAAUGCUACCCAGUUUAUCAUCUUGCACAGCAAAGAUCUUGAAAUCACGAAUGCCACCCUUCAGUCAGAGGAAGAUUCAAGAUACAUGAAACCAGGAAAAGAGCUGAAAGUUUUGAGUUACCCUGCUCAUGAACAAAUUGCACUGCUGGUUCCAGAGAAACUUACGCCUCACCUGAAAUACUAUGUGGCUAUUGACUUCCAAGCCAAGUUAGGUGAUGGCUUUGAAGGGUUUUAUAAAAGCACAUACAGAACUCUUGGUGGUGAAACAAGAAUUCUUGCAGUAACAGAUUUUGAGCCAACCCAGGCACGCAUGGCUUUCCCUUGCUUUGAUGAACCGUUGUUCAAAGCCAACUUUUCAAUCAAGAUACGAAGAGAGAGCAGGCAUAUUGCACUAUCCAACAUGCCAAAGGUUAAGACAAUUGAACUUGAAGGAGGUCUUUUGGAAGAUCACUUUGAAACUACUGUAAAAAUGAGUACAUACCUUGUAGCCUACAUAGUUUGUGAUUUCCACUCUGUGAGUGGCUUCACUUCAUCAGGGGUCAAGGUGUCCAUCUAUGCAUCCCCAGACAAACGGAAUCAAACACAUUAUGCUUUGCAGGCAUCACUGAAGCUACUUGAUUUUUACGAAAAGUACUUUGAUAUCUACUAUCCACUCUCCAAACUGGAUUUAAUUGCUAUUCCUGACUUUGCACCUGGAGCCAUGGAAAAUUGGGGCCUCAUUACAUAUAGGGAGACGUCACUGCUUUUUGACCCCAAGACCUCUUCUGCUUCCGAUAAACUGUGGGUCACCAGAGUCAUAGCCCAUGAACUGGCGCACCAGUGGUUUGGCAACCUGGUCACAAUGGAAUGGUGGAAUGAUAUUUGGCUUAAUGAGGGUUUUGCAAAAUACAUGGAACUUAUCGCUGUUAAUGCUACAUAUCCAGAGCUGCAAUUUGAUGACUAUUUUUUGAAUGUGUGUUUUGAAGUAAUUACAAAAGAUUCAUUGAAUUCAUCCCGCCCUAUCUCCAAACCAGCGGAAACCCCGACUCAAAUACAGGAAAUGUUUGAUGAAGUUUCCUAUAACAAGGGAGCUUGUAUUUUGAAUAUGCUCAAGGAUUUUCUGGGUGAGGAGAAAUUCCAGAAAGGAAUAAUUCAGUACUUAAAGAAGUUCAGCUAUAGAAAUGCUAAGAAUGAUGACUUGUGGAGCAGUCUGUCAAAUAGUUGUUUAGAAAGUGAUUUUACAUCUGGUGGAGUUUGUCAUUCGGAUCCCAAGAUGACAAGUAACAUGCUCGCCUUUCUGGGGGAAAAUGCAGAGGUCAAAGAGAUGAUGACUACAUGGACUCUCCAGAAAGGAAUCCCCCUGCUGGUGGUUAAACAAGACGGGUGUUCACUCCAACUGCAACAGGAGCGCUUCCUCCAGGGGGUUUUCCAGGAAGACCCUGAAUGGAGGGCCCUGCAGGAGAGGUACCUGUGGCAUAUCCCAUUGACCUACUCCACGAGUUCUUCUAAUGUGAUCCACAGACACAUUCUAAAAUCAAAGACAGAUACUCUGGAUCUACCUGAAAAGACCAGUUGGGUGAAAUUUAAUGUGGACUCAAAUGGUUACUACAUCAUUCACUAUGAGGGUCAUGGAUGGGACCAACUCAUUACACAGCUGAAUCAGAACCACACACUUCUCAGACCUAAGGACAGAGUAGGUCUGAUUCAUGAUGUGUUUCAGCUAGUUGGUGCAGGGAGACUGACCCUAGACAAAGCUCUUGACAUGACUUACUACCUCCAACAUGAAACAAGCAGCCCCGCACUUCUCGAAGGUCUGAGUUACUUGGAAUCGUUUUACCACAUGAUGGACAGAAGGAAUAUUUCAGAUAUCUCUGAAAACCUCAAGCGUUACCUUCUUCAGUAUUUUAAGCCAGUGAUUGACAGGCAAAGCUGGAGUGACAAGGGCUCAGUCUGGGACAGGAUGCUCCGCUCGGCUCUCUUGAAGCUGGCCUGUGACCUGAACCAUGCUCCUUGCAUCCAGAAAGCUGCUGAACUCUUCUCUCAGUGGAUGGAAUCCAGUGGAAAAUUAAAUAUACCAACAGAUGUUUUAAAGAUUGUGUAUUCUGUGGGUGCUCAGACAACAGCAGGAUGGAAUUACCUUUUAGAGCAAUAUGAACUGUCAAUGUCAAGUGCUGAACAAAACAAAAUUCUGUAUGCUUUGUCAACGAGCAAGCAUCAGGAAAAGUUACUGAAGUUAAUUGAACUAGGAAUGGAAGGAAAGGUUAUCAAGACACAGAACUUGGCAGCUCUCCUUCAUGCGAUUGCCAGACGUCCAAAGGGGCAGCAAUUAGCAUGGGAUUUUGUAAGAGAAAAUUGGACCCAUCUUCUGAAAAAAUUUGACUUGGGCUCAUAUGACAUAAGGAUGAUCAUCUCUGGCACAACAGCUCACUUUUCUUCCAAGGAUAAGUUGCAAGAGGUGAAACUAUUUUUUGAAUCUCUUGAGGCUCAAGGAUCACAUCUGGAUAUUUUUCAAACUGUUCUGGAAACGAUAACCAAAAAUAUAAAAUGGCUGGAGAAGAAUCUUCCGACUCUGAGGACUUGGCUACUGGUUAAUACUUAAAUGGUCAAUAGAAAAAGUAGGCUGGGCGCGGUGGCUCACGCCUGUAAUCCCAGCACUUUGGGAGGCUGAGAAGGGCGGAUCACGAGGUCAGGAGAUGGAGACCAUCCUGGCUAACACGGUGAGACCCCGUCUCCGCUAAAAAUACAAAAAAUUAGCCGGGCAUGGUGGCAGGCGCCUGUAGUCCCAGCUACUCGGCAGGCUGCAGCAGGAAAAUGGCAUAAACCCGGGAGGUGGAGCUUGCAGUGAGCCGAGAUUGCACCACUGCAUUCCAGCCUGGGUGACUGAGCGAGACUCUGUCUCAAAAAAAAAAAAAAAAAAAAAAAAAAAAAAAAAAAAAAAAAAAAAGAAAAAGAAAAGAAAAGAAAAGGUACAUCAGACAUGACUGCCUGCAUGAAGUCAAACAGGGUAACACCAGUGAAGCUCAAGUCAAGAGCUGUGGAUAUUUUGUCUAACCAACAAGAAGUCUCAAGAAAUCAGGCAGUGCAGCUGCCUGCUCUCAGCUAUCAUAUCCAGCCAAAAGAUGCAUGAUGAUGGAGUGGUGGGGGAAGGCCAGUUCAGUAUCCUAUUUAAAAGUAAACUUCCUGAAUAAUGGAUAUAUGUGGAGAUACAGACAUAGAUAUAUAGAUACAGCUGUCAUUAUUUAGCCUCGAGUGACUUUCUCCAUUGCUUCACGCUAUGCCACCGUUUUGCUUCUUUAAUUUUUUUAACCUUGCUUAGUAUUCUAUAGUUUGCCCAACCAGUUUUACGUCCAAGGAAAAUUAGCCAAUGCAUAAAAUAUACAAACUAUGAAAGGCAAGGAUCAGGAAACCAGAGACUUUGUCACCAAAUCUCAGAUUAUUAGAAACUAGGUGUCAGGGUUUAUCAAGAAGGCCAGGAAGGCCUUUUGGGUUAAGCCUUACAUUCAUGAAGAACCUCGAGGGUAGAUUUUUGAGAGCAUUCCAAAUGAAUGGUUUCUGGUCAAAUGAAUGAAUGGUCAACUGAAUAAAUCUGCCCUCACAGAGAUACAAGAGGAAAAGGAAUAUAAUUCAUACCAUUUGGUUUAAGCCUUACAUUCAUGAAGAACCUCAAGGGUAGAUUUUUGAGAUCAUUCCAAAUGAAGUUGAAUCUGCCCUCACAGAGAUACAAGAGAGAAAGGAAUAUAAUUCAUACACUAUUGCAUUUUUAAUAAAUCUUUUGAAAUUUGCAGAAUUAGAUUGUAUUGUGUAUUUUGGGUUAAAUGAUAAUUGAAUGUAAAUAUUUAGAUGCAGCACCAUAUUUUAUAACCCAGCUUUAGCAUUUCUUCAUAUUUUAAGGAAACCCCCCACCUCCUUCUUUUAAGGGCGCUUCUUGCUCUCUGAAAUGCCCUGCUAAAUGCUUCUCUUAAUUAUUUGAAUAAGGUAGUUUGGAAUAAAGAAAGAAAAGAUCACUCUACAUACAGAUAGUAAACUUAAUUUGUGAUCCUAUAUAUGAGACAGUAUAAAAAUACAGAUAAGUUUUAGAAAGACUCAAAACAAUAUGUAAAUGACUGAUGUUUGCAUUAUUAAGGAAAACUUGGGAUGUUGGGUCAAGAGGGGAAAGUGUUAGUCAAUCCACUUUGGAGCAAUAUCAUGAAGGUCAAUUAUAAUUCCAUAUACCUUUCUUUGAUGCCACAGUCAGAGAUAGAAUACAGUUUGGGUAGCCAUGGAUGUGCCCCAAUACAGUACACAUUUUUUGGUUAAAUUUGUUUUCAGAUCAUUUCAUGGAAUCUUUGAAGUAUCUUUGACUCUAACUUUGACUUGGUGGUGGACCUUCCUUGGUUUUUAUAACACCUAAGAGAUAUCCUUUAGAAUUACAUGUAUUUUAGCAUAAGGAAAUUGAAAAAGUAAAACAUACUGGUUUUUUUCAACAAGACCAUAUGUAAAUUAAAUAGUGAAAUGUGUAUGAGUUUCAGUAGAACUGUACCAUCAACAAUGUUUCCAUAAAUAUGCAGAGUUCUUUCUUUUGUAUUGUCAUUUACAAUAUUGUUAAAUUGAAUGCAUUUGCAAUUUCUAGGAUUCUAAAGAAUUGAGUACAGAAAGUAGCAAUUUUAUUAUUUGAUGAUAAUAUGAGAAUUACUGUGCCAAUACUGUUUUGAUAAAUAAAUAGAUUUUUAAAAAUAAA